GAAAGCUACCACGUGAAAAGAGAAGUUGUCAUUAGUAAGUAUGCACCGAAGGAAUUGUAAGUAAGAAGGGGAAAAGAACGCGCCUUAUUAUUUCCGUGAUAUUGGCUUUUUUCGUAUUUCUUUCAUUAGCCGACUUUUAAUUUCUGGAUUUCGAUUACGAAUAUAGGAUUGGUAAACGAUUAUAACUAUGAUUUAAGAUAUUUACGACGACACGUAAACUUCAAACAAGAAUCCGUUUAAAUGUAUCACGCGACGCACGCUUGUUUGAUGCAAUAAAUAAAAAGUUAGUGCAAUAGACUGUGGACGAAGAAAAAACAGAAAGAAAGAAGGAGUUAAAGAACUAAAAAGAGGAGAAACGCGGACAAAAGUGGGAAAGCGAAAUAGAAGGAAGUAAGAGGGGGAGAAGAAAGGAAAUAUCGAAACGAUAAGAAUACGAUAACCAACUAUAGUUUGAACACGCGCGUAUUGCCUCGCUAAGCUUAACUCCGUUACUCCUAGUUCUUGCUACAACAAAUAAAUAAAAAAUUUUCCUUCAGGACCAAAGUAGAGCCGAUGAUGAACGCAUUGUACGAUUUUAAUAUUGGUUGUGAAAGUAAAAACAAUCACGAUUGACGUGUGUUUUGAUAAAAAAGGAAAAAGAAAGAGAAAGACAAAGGGUGAAUCGCAAGUUGCGAAUGUAAUUGUGUAGGAUUAAAAAAAAAUAAAAAGUUAAAUGGUCAAAGCCGAUAUGCAACAAAACGUUUUAAGUCAAGUAGCUGGAAGCGAACAACCGCAACAAGAGGAAGUUCAGCUGACCGAAUUAUUACCAGUGAAGCAAUCGCGAAUAAGGGAGAAUGAAAUUUUUAAACAUAUGAACACAAAUGCUGAUGCGACCGAUGCUUUGAAGAUACUCCGAAGUUUCACAACUGCCGACAGUUGCUAUAACAACGAUGAACAUGAACUUUGCUCGCGAAAUUUGUCUGUUUGCCGAAAAAUCGAGCAAAUUGAUCAAGAGAAACAAGAGAAGGACAAACAGUGGCGAGAAGAUAAACUGCGAAAGAGAAUUGCUGAGUAUGAUAAACAAGUGAUCGAUAGCACCGAAAUCAGAAAAGAAAAAGAAAGAAACAGUGUUCGAAGAUUCGAAAAUGAAUCGAGGACAAAGAACAGAAAAUACAAACAUUUCGAUAAAAAGUCGAUGAUUGGUUGUGUAGUAAAAUCUACGAAGAAAAGAACGAUCGUUCGUACGGUAGAAUAUAUUAAAGAUCAAAGAGAUGAAGGAAAUGGCGACAAUGGGAUGAAACAUCGCUAUAAAUUAGAAGAAAACGCAUUCCUCGAAAAUGAGAGGGGAAAUUUCUUAUCGGAGAAUAACGAACAGGUAGAGUCAACAAUUUAUUUGGAUUUAGACAAGAAUAGUGAGUUAAAUGAUGACGUUUACAUGUUUCGUCGUGAGUUGAUAGAUGGGGAACAAGGACGGAAGGUAAACUUAAGAAACGUAGAAGAAACAUACGAAAACGAGAAGUCUGCGAAGACUACCGAUGGAACGUUAUUCAAUCGAAUAGCGAUUCCUUGUGGGGCGUCGAUUGAAAAUAACAUUGAUGUAGCAGAAAAACGAUUUAUUACCACUGCUGAGAAAAAGAGCAUAUUUGAUACGAAAGUAUCAAACCCAAAAUUGUUACUGGAAGAUUCGGCAAACGUAUCAAAUGUCAAUUUUCAUAUAACAACGAUGAGUUACCUUACGGAGAAUAAAGAUAAUAAUAAUAAGGUUCAAGGUGAAGAGAAUCCUACGAAUCCAUUAUUCAGACCAGAAGCCUCCAACAGUAUUGUGGCUACCAAAUCGACGUCGUCAAUGUCAAUAUCAACAUCAACGUCAUCGUCAUCAUCAUCGUCAUCGUCAUCGUUGUCAUCGUCAUUGUUGUCAUCAUCAACGCUGUCGCCGUAUUCGAAGGAAGAGAAUACAAACGGCAGCGAGUGCGACCGCGGCAAAGAUCAAAGUACUGCAUUGCAUGGUAUGAAAACUAAACAAGAGAAUCAGCAAAAAAGAUAUUGUUGCGUAGUGUGCGAGGCGCGAUUUAAAGGUAGCGGAGGUCUUCGUAACCACUAUAAGAUCGUACACGGUGCGGGACCAAUCUUCAAGUGUGACGAGUGUGGGAAAGAGUUUCCUUUAAAAGAAAGAUUAAAACUGCACGUGAGAACACAUACUGGCUUCAAGCCAUAUAAAUGUCCAGAAUGCGACAAGAGUUUCGCCAGAGGAGGACAACUGGUGCAGCAUCGACGUACUCACAGCCAGGUAAAACCGUAUCGUUGCGGUUUAUGUUCUGGCACGUUCACAUGCGCUGCGAAUUUGGCGUUACAUGUAAAACGACACAACGGACAAAAAGAUCACAAGUGUGAAAUCUGUGGUCGUGCGUUCGUUCGGCGAGACGCUCUCAAGAAACAUUUAGAAUGUCUUCACAGAGAUGUUAAAUCUUUUCUCUGUGUAAUCUGCAACAAGACGUUCAAGGGCCACCUACCUCAACACAUGAGAACGCAUGCACGUGAUCGGCCACACGGUUGUGCUACAUGUGGUCAAAGAUUUGCUCAAAAAUCUCAAUUGACUGUCCACCAGAGAACGCAUUCUGGACAAAGACCGUUUAGGUGUUUGGUUUGCUGGCAGGCAUUUGCGCACUCGACGGCACUUAAACUUCACACAAGAAGACACACUGGCGAAAGACCGUUCAAGUGUGCCGAAUGUAACGCUGGUUUCACGCAACUACCCCACUGGAAAAAACACAUGAAAUGUAUCCAUGGCAGAAAUGAGCCGUACGCUUGCAAAAAGUGUACAAGUUUCUUCAGAAUUAAAAAUGAUCUGGAAUGUCACGAAAAAACUUGUCAUCCUGAAUCCGAGACUGAACACGACGUUCCGAGUACUCAAACCUCAGAUUUAAUCACAAACACGAUCGUGCCAGCAUCUAUUUCCAUGGCCUUACAACCGACAGCGACUCUACUUUCCAAUGAAAUAAUCAGCGAUAAACCCUCGCCAUCGCCCUCAAAAUAUAGAAUAAUGACUGUCGAGAGGAUGAGAUUGUUGCUCGCUGUACUUCUUAAAAGAAUCAGCAAGCAAGAAAGACUCGACGAACUAGGCUUUGGUAAACGACUGAUCGACCAAGUUCUUUACGAUUCUCUGAUAUCCGCUGGCAAAGAUCCAGUGGCAAGCAACGGUUUAUCCGAACUUGAAACACUCACCAAGAAUCUCGAGAUAUUCCUCAAAUGGACUGUACCUAAAGAACAUUGGGAACAUUUCCGCAAAUUGAAUAAAACUCCCGAAGAUAUUUUGGAAACACUGACUGCUACUUAAAUCAAAGUCCUACUCGUUUUAACAUCAUCUACGUGGCAAUCGCUGGUAUAUAUUUACCAAAGACUAACAAAAAUACCGGUCGAUACCUCAAAUCCUUUCGAAAUUACGAUCUGAUCCUGAUUCUAAAGCAGAGGCUUUUUAAAUCCAAGACUGCCUUUCUUCAAUCGCAGACGAUCUUUGUACCAAGUCCUACAUUAUUAUAUUUUCCUUCGACAAUGAUUACAUAGAUGGACAGUGGGUAGAUAUAGGUACAGGUGAACAAAUAACAGAAGAUUUCAAGUAACUAAGCGAAACGAUACGUAUCUGUCAGUGAACAGGCUACCUAGUAAUAAUAAUCUAAUUUUAAGAAACGAAACCAUUAGUGAUUACUUAUUAGAAUUUCGAUGCACAGACGUUCUUUCAUAUAGUAUAAAAUUAAUACUUGCUAGUCCAAAGUGCAAACGUAAUAUUCCUAAUAAUAGGCAAGCGACUCGUUAUAAUCACCGUUUCUGCUUCUGCCAUUUUAUUAUUCUUUCCGUAUUAUGAAAAAUCAAAUAUAAAAUCGAUUUACGACAUAGCAUGCAUUUUAAUGAUAUUUAGAAUCAGUUUUACACUGACUACGUUUUGUAAAAAUAAUACCGAGUUGUGUAAAAACUAAUAGACUUGAUAAAUACUUUAAUAUUUCUUCAUCUAAAAUUGAAAAGUCGGUAUUCAAUUUGCUUUGUGAUAAGUUAGUUAUAUGUACAUCGCGUGCCAUGUUGUUUGUUUGUACUGCAAUAUCUUGUACGAACAAUAUGAAAAUACGUAGAUUUUAGACUUUUACGCAAAGUAUAAAGCGAUAAUAUACACGGAUAUAAUUUUCGUUGUGAUUUAUGUGAUUCUAAGUGAUAUGAUACUUCAAUUUCAUGAGUUGUUCCUCAUUAUCGAAUAUUUAAGUAUAUCUGCAACCGUACAGAUAUUUUUAACAGUCAACGGGCUACGUUUUCUUCAGGGUGCCAUGCGUCAUUCUAUUUCUUGCCCAUAGUAAUAUUAAUAACCUUUUUUUAUUUAUUAUAUAAUAUCGUCCAGAUGGGUGUACUACGUGCUGCUCAUUUUCAUCGCUUGUACAAAAAUAUAUGAUGAUAUUAUGCAUGUUACGACGAUGGCUAAUAUUAUCGAUUACGAACAACAAAUUGAAAGGUGUACGUAUGGCAAUAAAUUGAAAAUGCAUUUGUAUUUGCCGUAACGGGAGAUAUAUUUUGUUAAUGAUGAUGAUACUGAUGAUGAUGAUGAUAAGUAAACAGGAAGGGAGGAACGGGAGGGGACACAGAGAAAAUCAAUUAGAAAAUUUGUUGUUGUGUAAAUUAAUGUGUAGAUAUGUCUGAAUGAUGAUACGAGUAUUGUAGUUCAAGUUUUUGGGUAAUUUCUUACUUAAUUCGAAGAGGCUAAAUACCAACGUAGGCUACUGUAUGUGUUUGUAGCAAUACAUAUAUUCCAUGAAUUAGACGUAAGCAUUUUAUAUUUAUACAUACAUUCAUUGUUGUGUGCAAGUUACUGCACAAGUAUAACGUUCAAGUUAAAUGUAUAUAAACUUUAUUGAUUUUCCUUUGUGAUAUCUUUCUUGCCAUUAUUUUACUUUCUGUUUGUUUCUUUUUCCUAGAUUAUACGACACGUUAUUUUCAUUUGAAUAGAAAAUUUGUGAAAAGAGCAACAUUUUCGAUCUUUUCGUAGAAUCUUUUUCAAAUCUAAAAAAAGACGUGCGGUGCUACAUGGAACUCUGUUGUGUUCGUGGCCCCGUUGUCAAACGGGAGCCUUCCAAUACCUAAAAGCCUUAUAGUCGUUAUUUCCUUUUCUCAUGUGUACGUUGUGUAAUUCUCGUUAGCGUAUAUUUGUUCGUUUCGGUGCGUAAAUCGUGCAUAUUAACGUUAAUAUGUUUAAUAAAUAUGCUCGUACGCAUAAAACGCAAGUCCAUCUUUUAAAUAGGCAUAAGUAAAUGUGAGCAGACAAUAAUGAUUAAAGUUGCAAGAUUAAUAUAGUUGAGGAGAAUAAAAAAUAUGUAUACACGUAUAUUACUAAUAUUACAUACGAUUAAGUAUGUUAUUUUGUUUUAUUAGUAUGCAAUACAAAUAGAAAAAAUAUAUAAUUAAUUAUACAAUUGUGUAUAUUACGUAGUGCGAUAAUAUUAUACUGAGUAAUAAUUAUCAAUUUGUUAGAAACUUUUCCAAUAUGUACAAUACCCAUAUGCGAAAAGGUACCACGUACUAGAUUAAUAUUUUAUAUUUUGUAAAUGUUUCAAACAUUUCCUACAUAUAAUUAUAUCGUGUUAAUUUCAUAGUUUCACGACUUUUAGUUUAUGAAACCCGGUAAUAUCAAAUGUUUAUAUAGGUCAUUUCGUACGACAAAAUGAUCCGAUAAAAAUAAUUAUUUUCUAACAGAUGACGUUUGAAAAUUUGAAACAAAGAUCUCAACGAAAUCAUCCAUCAUUUAUUCGAUACGUGUCUACGUAUUCGUCUUAUAAAAAUUCAAGCAAGCGUAUGUAAGUACGAUAGGUUACUUACACGACGUAUAUAUGUAUAUUGACAAGGACUACAGUCGGUUUGGGCUAGUCGCAUUGAAAUUUAUUCCAAAGAUGAGAAUCUACUUUCUGCUAUAGAAAUGCAAAUAAAGGUCAUAGAAGACACUGAAUAUAGAUCGAGGUCGUAAGGCACACUUACGUGAUUGUAAAUACGUAUAUAGAAUUCGAAGAAGGAUUUCAAUGUUUCAAUGAUGAUGCUGUUUAAGUGCUCGAAUUGCUUUAUUUUAUAUACGUUAAACGGUGCCAAAGUGAAAUUUUUCAUUCAACAUUAUCUACUGUGUGAUGAUCGAUUACCUGUGUUGUUAUAUUUUCCAUUGCUUUCAGUUAUGAACAAACUAUAUGUAAAGUCUGCGUUACAUUUAAUUACGUUCUAAUUAACGCGCGGAGAAUGGAUUAUUUCGAAACAUUUCGAAUUAUGUAUACUUAUUAUUUUUAUUCGUUCUAGUGCCAUAACGUAUCCUGCUUUAUUGUAUAGUCAAUUGUACAGUUAUUUCAAUAAAAUGCUUCUCUUCUUUAUUAAAAAAAAUAUGUGCUUUAACAUGUAGGAAUAUAUAUGUAUACAAAUAGAGUAUUAUAGUAAAAUUAAUACUAAAAACGAUUGAAAUAUAUUUUGUAUAUCAUACCUGUAGCAACAAUAUUAUAUUUAAUACAAGUGAACAUAUAUUUUCAGCAAUAUUACUGCCAUUUGUUACUGUCAUCAUGUUGUUCAAAAUCAGUGUAUUCCCAAAAAAGCAAGAAGUUCUCUCUUAA